CUGUCUAACCAGCUUUCACUUCCUUAAAUUCUAUCAGAUGUGACUGUGGCACCACAACAGCUCGUUGAACUUUGAAAACACAGCUUCAAAAUGGGGAGAAUUGCCAAGGAGGUGUCAGGCCAGACACUGUGCUUCAUUGGGCUGAUCGGCCUGUGUCUGACGUGUGGCUUACCCAUGUGGCGUACAACCUACUUCAUCGGCGCCAACAUCGUGACAGGCCAGAUUGUCUGGGAUGGGCUUUGGAUGAACUGUGUGAUGCAGAGUACGGGCCAGAUGCAGUGCAAGAUCCAGUCGUCCAUCAUGACCAUGACACAGGACCUACAGGCCGCACAAGCCCUCAUCGUCAUCGCCAUCUUGAUUGCUUUUGCUGGCGUACUUAUGGUAUUCAUUGGGGGAAGAUGCACCAGCUGUUUGAAGAACGAGUCCUCAAUGGCCAAACUGGUCAUUUUUGGAGGUAUCCUGUGUAUUAUAGCUGCUGUUGUAUGCCUCAUUCCGGUCUGCUGGUCUGCGACAUUCACAAUCUACGAUUACGAAAACGUUCUCGUACCCACGUCACAGAAAAGAGAGAUAGGUUCUUGCAUAUACAUCGGCUGGGGCACUACAUUCGUUCUUCUGCUCGGAGGGAUCAUUUUGUGCACCUCUUGCCCACCAAAUUAUACGAAUCAGAACAUGUAUCCCUACCAAGGACCUUACAUUAGACCGGCCGGAAAUUACAUGCCUCCCAAAGGAUAUCCACCCAGCGUUACAUAUUCUGGAACCUAUGUUCCGGGUAAACCAUACAUGGCUCCAGGAACUUACGCCGCUGUUCCAAGGCAAUACAUGUAAGCAAACAAAUGGAUGUGAACUACCUACUUUAAAUCCUCAAGUCACUGCUCUUUGAUUUGUCUUGAAUCUGUAUGUUUGAACUUAAUUACAUGUGAGACAAUUGUCAGUGUUUAAACUGAAAAAAUGCUUUGUUGUCUUAUUAUAUUCAUUUCUAACCUUUGACUAAGAAUCUUGUAUAAUACAGUGCAGAAGCUUUUAUUAAUGUUUUUAUGCUUAAGUUGCAAAUGCCUUGAAAGUGUUGCCUGAAGCCUGAAUAAAUGGUCACAUUUUUUUGAAUAUUGCCUAAAAAUGUUAAUGUCAGGGCGCUUUAAAAAAAAUAUUGUUUUAGCCAAAAAGCAGAGACUUUGCUCUUUACAGCAAUGUAUAAAACUCAGAAUGUGGUGUGACUCCAGAAUAAUGAAGCUGGUCACAAAUGGUUGGUUUGUAAAUACUGUUUUGCACUUUUUGUGUUUUUAUUGUCAUGUCACACUUCUCAGUGUCGAUAACCAAAAUAAAGCCUUUUAGAAUUCCUUGUAAAUGAACACAUUUCUCUUAUAACACUGCAUGUGCAUUUUUUGUAAUGAGUUGAGUUUAAAAACACUGAUUAAACAA